CAAGCUUGCAUUGGCCUGAAGGGCCACUAACCAACGACAGAGGCCAUUUAUCCAGGCAGGGAAGUCCGCAUGAACUGCAAGAAUGCGUCCGAUGCCUUCGUGUAUUCUCGACCGAGAAUGAUCUCGACAAUGAUGGAUUUUGCGCCCAACAAUGCGACGCAGCAGAGCCAUACUACCCAGCCGAAGGAGUCGGUAUGAGGAUACGCAGAGCCCUUCCCAAAGCAAAGAGGGGGCCUAAGGCUGGGGCCUCUCAGGCUAGGGAAAUAGAACAGUGGAACGACAUAUACCGAACGCUUUUCGGUCAUGAUGUUGAACUGCCAUCAUUUUACGAAGACGACGACAUUGCCCGCAGCAUCGACCCGGAACGUCAAGAUGAAUACCGAUCAAGGCUUCUUCAGACCUUGCGUCGCCAGCUUCCAGAAUCGCAAUGGGAGGAGGUGCUGCUAUACCACUUUAAUAGCAUCGUCUUAGCGGAGGCUGAACUCCUUAAGCAGAGGCUUAGUCCGGAAAAGGAGGCUCGCAGUACGCGUAUUCUGCUUUCACGGCCUAUAUCUGUCGGACGGCCCAGAAGGACAUCCCGCAACAUAGAGACAGGUGCAGGAACCCAACGAACAGGAUCCGCCACGGUGACUAGCCGGGAAGAGGAUCCCGGUCAAUCCGAAUCGACCGCGAUUGAUAUACCUUCGACGUGCUCGACCGAUUCGCGCUCGGCGCCGUCAGAAAACAUUGGAGAGUGUGGUGCGCCGCCAGCUUUCGAUGAUGGAGUCGAUCCAGAAGACUGGACGUCACUUUUAGUGGAAUCGUCGUACGACUCAGCCAUGAACGACUCCAUCAACUACACGGAGGAGCCGCAAUUUCUGGCACAGGGCUAUGAUCACCCUUCCAUGAUAGGCUAUAUCAACAGUGCCCCAUAUACCGGCGCAGUUCCUAAAGACGGUAUCGAACCCUACUUAGCGAGCAACAUUUCCAUGCCCGCUAUGCGGGAUGCAUUUGACACGUUGCCUCCUCUCCUCCCCGGUCCGCCACCUCAACCAGCAAUCCGCAUUGUACAAACCGAGAUGACCGCAGCUUCCUCAGUCAAACGCCGCAAACUCGAGAUGGAAGAGCUGUGGCAGUCCGUGGCAGCCGUGGACCAGUUCACCAUGGCUCUUGCACCUGAAUCGCGAAAGACUGGUCCUUCUAGCAACGACUUGCCCCGGCCCAGGGAUGUCAUAGAUCCCCUUUAUGCCCCAACGCAGCUACCUGCUGGAGGCGAAAUUGAUCCCUUGGAGGGUUUGGACCUGUCACAAUGUGGAGGUGGUCAUUGCGAAUUUUCAGGCGGGUUGGCCACUGCUCACCCGGGUAACCCCAAUUCAUCGGAUAGUUCGGUGACGGCGCUGGACGACAUGGAAUUGUGCGGAGAGUUGACUUUCGCUGACCUGGAUUCUCUUUUCAACUCGUACGGCUCAGCCUGAUAUGUGAACACAAACGGAUGAGGUUGGAGUAAACGGAAUACCUCACUUACCGAUAACGGGUUGGCCGCUUGGUCGCAUGAGUUCCGGAAGGUGGGCUCAAGUCUUUCGCGGUUGCUACCACGCCAGCACCUCGAACAUCGUCGCCCACCCUGACAGGGGCAUCGAGGUACGCGAUAGUCUUUGAAACGAGGAGACUGAUGGCGACGACG